CUCUCUCUCUCUCUCUCUCAAGAUAUUCAAAUGAUUUGGUCCAUAUGAAAAUGAUAGAACAGAUCAACGAAGGCACGUUCCUCAUCCGUAGCUUCUGGUCUCGGAGUGGAACUGGUAAGACCCUGCGCUCCGUUCUUUUGACAGGUUAGUCCGUAGUGGUUAGGAGCAAUUAAACUGCAGGAAAGAUGAGGGGUGCUGUGCUUGUAGCUAUAGCUGCUGCGAUUGGGAAUAUGUUGCAGGGAUGGGAUAAUGCAACGAUUGCAGGGGCUGUUCUUUACAUAAAGGAGGAAUUUGAAUUGGAAAGUCAGCCAACAGUAGAAGGGCUAAUUGUGGCUAUGUCGCUUAUUGGAGCUACAGUUAUUACAACAUGCUCUGGACCCGUAUCAGAUAUGCUUGGUCGGCGUCCAAUGCUGAUAAUCUCAUCUAUCCUCUAUUUUGUUAGUGGUCUGGUAAUGCUAUGGUCUCCGAAUGUUUAUAUCCUUCUCUUGGCGAGACUUUUGGAUGGAUUUGGAAUUGGUCUCGCUGUCACUCUCGUUCCUGUCUAUAUAUCUGAGACGGCCCCGCCAGAAAUAAGGGGAAUGCUAAACACCCUUCCACAGUUCACUGGUUCUGGUGGAAUGUUUCUGUCAUACUGUAUGGUUUUUGGGAUGUCACUGAUGGAAGCACCAAGCUGGAGGUUGAUGCUUGGUGUUCUUUCUAUUCCUUCUCUUGCUUAUUUUGUGUUGACAAUAUUUUUCUUGCCUGAAUCUCCACGGUGGCUUGUGAGUAAAGGGCGGAUGGUUGAGGCUAAACACGUAUUGCAGAGGUUACGUGGAAGGGAAGAUGUCGCAGGUGAGAUGGCUUUGCUGGUUGAAGGUCUUGGAGUUGGAGGUGAAACUUCAAUAGAAGAGUAUAUAAUAGGCCCAGCCAAUGAUCUAACUGAUGAACAUGACCCAACAGCUGCGAAGGACCAGAUCAAGUUAUAUGGGCCUGAAGAGGGUCUUUCUUGGGUUGCCAGACCCGUCACUGGGCAGAGUACUCUUGGUCUUGUGUCACGCCAUGGGAGCAUGGAGAACCAGAGUGUUCCACUUAUGGACCCUCUAGUCACCCUCUUUGGUAGUGUCCAUGAGAAGCUUCCUGAGACAGGAAGCAUGCGAAGCAUGCUCUUUCCCAACUUUGGUAGCAUGUUCAGUGUGGCAGAGCAUCAGCACGGUAGAAAUGAACCAUGGGAUGAGGAGAGCCAGCAGCAGAGGGAUGGUGAGGAUUAUGCAUCUGAAGCUGGUGGAGGUGAUUCUGACGACAAUUUGCAGAGCCCAUUGCUCUCACGUCAGGCAACAAGUAUGGAAGACAAGGACAUGGUGCCACCUCUUGCAUCCCAUGGUAGCAACUUAAACAUGAGACGCCACAGCAGUCUCAUGCAAGGAAAUUCUGGGGAGGCAGUCAGCAGUAUGGGUAUUGGUGGUGGUUGGCAGUUGGCAUGGAAAUGGUCUGAGAGAGAAGGUGAAAAUGGAAAGAAGGAAGGAGGAUUCAAGAGGAUUUAUUUACACGAGGAGGGCGUCCCUGGGUCCCGGCGUGGCUCUCUUGUCUCACUUCCUGGCGGUGAUAUUCCUGAAGGUGGUGAAUACAUUCAUGCUGCUGCUUUAGUGAGCCAGCCUGCUCUCUACUCCAGGGAGCUUAUAGAGCAGCAUCCAGUUGGACCUGCUAUGGUUCACCCAUCUGAAACUGCUGCAAAAGGGCCAAGGUGGGGUGAUCUUUUUGAGCCGGGAGUCAAACAUGCAUUGAUUGUUGGAGUAGGGAUUCAAAUACUUCAACAGUUUUCAGGCAUAAAUGGGGUUCUGUACUACACUCCUCAGAUUCUUGAGCAGGCUGGUGUUGAAGUUUUACUUGCAAACAUGGGCCUCAGUUCAGCCUCUGCAUCUCUACUAAUUAGUGCCCUCACAACCCUCCUGAUGCUUCCUUGUAUCGCUGUUGCCAUGAGGCUUGUGGAUUUUUCUGGAAGAAGGGCCCUGCUUCUGUCCACAAUUCCUGUCUUGAUAGGGUCACUCGUCAUUCUUUUCAUUGGCAACACUCUGAGUAUGGGUACCAUCAUCCACGCUGUAAUUUCAACUAUCAGUGUUGUUGUCUACUUCUGCUGCUUUGUCAUGGCAUUUGGACCGAUUCCCAACAUCCUCUGCUCGGAGAUCUUCCCCACCCGAGUCCGUGGGCUCUGCAUUGCCGUAUGUGCACUGACAUUUUGGAUUUGUGACAUCAUUGUUACCUACUCACUCCCAGUCCUGCUCACCUCCCUUGGGCUUGCGGGCGUCUUUGGUAUCUAUGCUAUUGUAUGUUGUAUCUCAUGGGUGUUCGUCUUCUUGAAAGUUCCAGAAACGAAAGGCAUGCCCCUUGAGGUUAUCACAGAAUUCUUUGCUGUUGGUGCAAAACAGGCUGCUGCCAAGAAUGAGUAGUAGUUUAAUGGUCAGGAGGUUGGGAAGUUUAAAUGGUGCCAUUUUUCAGCAUUCUGAGGUGCCAACGUUGUUAUCCUGCUGCCAGCUGCAGAUUGCCUGUGCUGUUUGGAGCUUAAGGUGAUAAGAUGGUUGGUUGUGGUGGUGAUUAUUUUUAAAAAGAAGAGGUAAGCAUCAAAUGGAUGGGAGUUGGGUAAAUGAAGUAAUUUGUGUCUUGAAAGUUUGUUUGUGUUCUUCCCUUCUCUUCGACGAGUUUUGAGAGCAAGAUACUUUGAUUUCUUUCUCCGGCAUCAAAAAUUUUUUUCUCUGUUAUUUUUGUGUUGAGGCUAUAUUGAUUUGAUUUCAUUACAUUCUGGUGUAUAUGCAUGUAAAUGAGAGUGCAGCAUUUGUAGUCUCAAGACAAGUUGCUUUUGAGGAAUAUAGCAUUUAGAAUAAAUGCCGCGAAUAAUUGUGGGAA